AAUUUAUUUAUUAUUAAUAAUAAUUUGCGUUGAUGCAUUUCCAAAAAUGUUUGAAAUCACCCCACGUUGCUUUUGGGGGGCUUUACCCCCAAAAAUCGACCCCGAACCAAUGCCAAACCCCGUCCCCUACGUAAUCAUCCACCACAGUUACAUCCCCCCAGCUUGUAACACCACCACUGAGUGUAUCGAAGCGAUGCAAUGGAUGCAAAAUUAUCACCAAGAAACUAACGGUUGGAACGAUGUUGGGUAUAGUUUUGCUGUUGGGGGUGAUUUUCGGGCUUACGAGGGUAGGGGGUGGAGUUCCGUUGGAGCUCACGCCCCUCUUUAUAAUAAUCGUAGCAUCGGGAUUUGUAUAAUUGGUGAUUGGAGGGUGGAAUUGCCCCCGUAUGAACAACUGGAAGUGGUGAAAGAGUUGAUUCGGAAAGGGGUGGAGAUGGGGAUGAUUCAAGAAAAUUAUACUUUGUAUGGGCAUCGGCAGGUUCGCGAUGGAACCGAGUGUCCCGGGGAUCGGUUGUUGAAGGAAAUUUCGACGUGGCCCAAUUUCUCUGAACAAGUUGAUGUUAAAUCGUAUGAAAAUAAAAAGAAUUAAUAAAAAGUAUUACUCA